UAUUUCCGCCGUCUAUCUUUGUUGUCUUCCAGGGUGUUCCCCAAAGACUCUUGGGUUUCCCUCACCAGUAACACUGUUGACUGGAUCUCGCCGUAUUUCCCUCAAAGUGUCCCAGCAGUGAGCUCAAUCAUGAAGGACUACAGAUUGCCACUGAUGGUGGCAGUGCCAGCAGCCCUGGCUUUCCUGGGAGUUAUAUGGUUCUUGCGCCGCAAAAAUGACGACGGUAAAAAAAGAAAACCCACAAAGAAGGAAUUAGAGCAAGUGGAGGAAAAACUGUUGUUAGAGCAGAUCACUCGCGGCAUCGAGAAAGAGGGUAUCACCAUGACGCAGCGUAAGAUUCCCGAUAGUGUGGCCAGGGAUCGUGGAAGUUCGGCCUUAGGGAGUGGCGACGCUCCAGAUUUUCGAGAAGACGGUAGGAAACCAGAGAGAGUCGAAUCUCCGACGAAAUCGGAAUCUAUCGGGGUGAAUAAAAACACGGAUUUUUCUCUUGGAGUUAGUGGUUCAAAGGUCUCGGCUGGAAAGCAAAGUGAUCUUGCAAAAGUGCAGCGAGAAAAGGUUGAUGAAAUUGUUGAGGCAGCCAUUGAUAGUGGGUUACUGGAAGCUAAGUCUAAAUUGGGUGGGUCUUCGUUGACUGGAAACAAUCACCACAGCACAGGGGGUCAGAAGCAGCUCAGGGAGACUGCUAGCUCGGAGAGAUGUGAGGAGAGUGUCUCACGCCAGACUAGCACGAAGCUGGCGACUUCCAGCGCCUCGACGGUUGCAUCCAGUCAACUGGUUGUGGGUCCGCAGGUGUGUAUGAAGGAACCUCAAGCAGCCGAGCUAGCGUCGGCUCAGGAGGAAGAAGAGGAAUAUGCGUCUGACGCAGCUCGCUUUGUCUCUCAAGCACGUAUCAACUUGCAAGGCUCGCCUAUAGCAGCGAAGGAAGACGAUUCUGCCUCUAAACGUCACAUGUCACCGAUCUCUGUAAAAACUCUUCAGUGUGAGAACAAAGUCCCCACCACCACCACUGCUACUGCUUGUACAAACGAACCGCAUGCCACAAAAAAUAUGGGUGGAACAAAUAAAAAACCGACUAGUGUGGAGUCUACUCUGGUUUCCACCACCUCUGUGCCGGCGUCUUGUACUACUGUACAGAGAAAUAACUCGGCAACGACGCCCGCUCUGAGUCAGGGCGUUAAUGCUCCAUCUGUCAUGCCCAGUAAAGACUUUAAUGAGAAGCAACCAGCUCAGACUGAGGAGAGUGUUGAAAAGGACAACAGCAAAAGGUCAGAUCAAAGCAGCAGCAAGCCCCAGCAGAGCGGAUUGACAAACUUGGGCUCGACGAAGGGGGAUGGUGACGAGAAGGAGGAGAGUAACAUCAAACAGAGCUCGCAGCUUGAGAGUCUGGAUUCCGUGUGGAGCAUCACGGAGAGCUCCUCCAACCAGUCGGAGAUCAAACCCGUGACAGUGGACACGGCAGCCAGCAGUACCCAGGGAUCCCUGGUCUCCUCCGCAAUGUCCACCCCGGACUCGGCGGUCUCAGAGCAGCGGUUGUCAGGAAGCACUCCCAGUGUCAAGGACAUGAUCUCGUUAGCGUCGUCAAUAGACGGCAGGCUGAGGGAGUCUUCCUCGCAGGGAGCUGUGUCCAGCCAGGCGUCUUCGGCGGGGUCUGCCUCCAAGGAGGAUUCUCCUACCAAGUCCAUCUCUCCAGUCUGUGAUAACAAUAGUGAGGGUUCCAACGACAGUGGCCGGGGCUACAGUGACCAUGAAACCCCCGGCCAGACGGGCGAGGCUGCCGUCCAGUUUGACUUCAACAUGCCCUCGGAGCUGUGUGGCCGCUUUAUCGGCAAGCAGGGCAAGAAUAUCAACUACCUGAAACAGAAGACCGGGGCCAACGUCUCGUUGACCUAUAACCCCUUCACACCUGAGUACCAGAUCUGUCAGGUUGUAGGCACUCAGGCAGAGGUUGACGACGCUCUGGCCAUGAUCCGGCGGAAGUUUCCAGUUAAUGAGAACCCUCGGCUGACCAUGGUGCCGGUCAACUUGACCCCAGCAGCCUCGGAGCACCCUGUGUUGGUACCAGAUGUGAUGCAGCUGAGCCUGCCGGAGGGCGUGUCUGUGGAGGUGUACGUGUCUGCAGUGGUGGACGCCGGCCAUGUGUUCAUUCAGCAGCCCACGCACCGAUCCUUCAUGUCGCUGGAGAAGCUCAACUACUUCCUCAACACGGCUUACGGCCAGGACCCCAACAUUCCACCCGUGCCAACCCCAGUGGAGUGUGGUGUGAUCUGCGUAUGCCAGAACGACGGCGCGUGGUACCGGGCCAUGAUCACCAGCCUGGAGGACGAGGCCGGAGAGUGCCAGGUCAAGUUUGUCGACUAUGGCGGCUACGCCCAGAUGCCUGUGUCCUGUCUGAAACAGAUCAGGACUGACUUCAUGUCCCUUCCCUUCCAGGCUGUGGAAUGUUAUGUAGCCAACAUCACACCACUUGAAUCGGAGCAGUACUUCAGCAAUGAGGCCACAAUGUCACUGUGGGAGAUGACGGAGUACAAGCUGCUACAGUGUCAAGUGGUGGCGCGCACAGAGACGGGAAUACCUCAUGUACACCUCUAUCAGAUAGAUGCAGAGAACAACUCUCCUGUGAUGAUCAACCGCGCCCUGGUGAACAAGCAGCUUGUCAGGUGGAUUGAGAUGUGUUCUGACGGGGAGGGUCAAAGCUGCCAGUCUCCUGAAUGAUCGAAAAUUCAUUGAUGUUUGUUCAAAAUAGUAUAUUAUAUUCUUUUUAUGCAUGUGGACUACAGUGACAUGGAAAGCUCUCAGGUGCAAACCUUCUACGUCUUAAGAUUUUUAUCUUCAUUGGAAAGCUGUUCAUGUAGAAAUUACUUCCUUUUUUUGUUGCGUUUUGGAUGAAAUGUUCACGCUGCCGCUUGCUUAUCUUUCAGCCUGUGAUGAUCAACCGAGCCCUGGUGAACAAGCAGCUAGUCAGGUGGGUUGAAAUCUGUUAGCCGGCGGCAGCGACAACGACAACGCUGACAUGAGGGGGUAAUGACGGGCGUGAGAAAAAAACUGUCUCCAGGGAUGUUGUGUGUUGUUGAACCUUAAACCAUUUCACUGCAAUUUUGUAUGUUGAUUGAAAGUGUGUGUGUGUGUGUGUGUUGACUUGUUGUAUCUUUAUAUAAUAUUUUGCUAAGAUGUAGAUCUACAGGGUUGGGCUUGUUGGUUUGUUUUUGUUGAGUAUUUGAACCCUUAUCAUGUAGACAUCUACCUGGGUCUAAAAAAAUUGGGUAGCAAUAUAGUGUACCAUGUUGGAAAACUUGUGGAAAUUUUUGGAGUUUUUUAAAUUUUCAGUUACAAUAUAUGCUGAAAAACAGAUUGAGAUGUUUGGUUUUUGCUUUUUCCUCUUGGAGUUGUUUAAAGUUGUUACUUAGGACUCUUUUUUUUUUCUAAUCCAUUAUCUCGUAAGAGCUCACGAUUUCAAUUCUUUCAGUAUAAUCAUUAGAUGAGCACAUGUAGGCCUUUGAGUGGGGAUGUCUUUCGUUUUUCUGUUCUUUUUGUGUGUUUUUUUUUGGUGUUUUUUUGGAGGUUGUUUUUUAUCUAGAUGGUUAUUUUCUUUAAAAUGUGUUGCCAUGAAUCUUUUGAACAUUUUGUUGACAUAAGUUUUGUGCCAUUGUCAGAACGUUGAUAAGUCAAGACCUUUUUCCGUGCAAUGGAGUGACACUGGGCUUGAGCAUGGGAGGUCAUGCUGCGCCUGGGUAAAAGUAAAAUAUAACCCUUCACCCCUGUCCUGAUUUUGAACAGUUUGAUGUCGGACAUAUGAUGCAAAGUCCGCAGUCACAGUGGGAUUGUAACUGCCUCUCACAGAAGCAGGAAACGGCACACUCUCAUACUAUGCGUGAAGACAGUGGGGAGUUAAAGUUUACUUACAACCUGCGUCCCUUAUCAUUGUGUACCUACAACUGUAUAACUUUUAAGAAGUGUUCCAGUUUCUGUGGAUCUGUUUUGGUUUGAUGGAUAACCUGUCCCUAACAGGUCCUGAAAUGUUAUUAAGACAGAUGAUCUCAUCUCUAAUUUAUAUUAUAGUGGAUAGUUGGAGUAAUUUUGCUUGUGUGAGGUUUAACUCUUUCCCUACUGGACUAUUUUGCUUCCCUGCAACCAAAUGUAUCAUGCAUCGAAAUACAAGGGAGUUAAUUGCCUUCUAUGAGAGAGCUCCUUAAAAAAAAAGGAGUGUGUGAGCUUAAACCAGUGGUUUGUGUAAAUCUGAAGACUGAAUGGGAUGGGGUGAGAUUUAGAAUUUUUCGAGCUGUGAAAAAUAAGUUGAUUAUGUCAAUGGGUCACCCACAUACUGUGGUUCACAUGAGUGAUCUCUACUCCUAUUUAUUUAUAAUAUAUAUAUAUGUGGCCAAAAGGAAGUGAAUUUUUUUUUCUUCUUUUUUUUUUCCCUUUGGUUAGCAAUUUUGCAAGACUAAGGUAUUGGUCCUCUUUAGGGAGCAGUGUCUAAUCUGAGAUAUUGGGUUAUUCUAAAUGAAUAAAGCAUUUCAGUUCUGUUGAUUGCAUUGUCUACGUUGUGAGGAACCUUCUGGCUGGUGGUAAAUAAUGGUCUGGUCUCUUGGCUUUUUUUCUUCUUUAUUGUACUCGACUUUUUUUUCUUUGAUAAGCAUAUGGUGUAGUGUUACAGCUUUGUCGUCGCAUGCAAAUGACACAAGUUUGAAGCGAGUGUGGGGACUUUUUUUUUUAAUAUCAAGCAUCUUGGCAUGAAUGCUGGGAUUAAUAUGUCCCACUCAGUGUGCAUUGGUUCUAAGUGGAAGGUUCGAAGCUGCGGUGUCCUGAAUGAUCUAAUAUUCAUUGGUGGGGGAUUUAAACUGGUUUUUUGUUUUUUUUUACUGCAUGUGGAUCACAGUGACAUAGUAAGCUGUCAGGUGCAAACUUUCUUUGUCCGAGAUUUUUACCUUUAUUGGAAAGCUGUUCAUAUAGAGAUUGAUCUUCUUUUUGUGUUGUGUUUUUGCUGAAAUUUUCUCACCACCUCUUGCCUGUCUUGAAGUUCUGUGGGUGUUCAAAUUGAUAUAAAGGCCUUGAAAAUAAAUCUUACUCUCACUGGAAAAAUCAAUGGCAAAAAAGGAAGGGAUAGACCAACAAUAACUUACUCAAAGAACUUGGACAGAUAGUUGACGAGGAAAGGACCAGAAUUUAAAACAAACAAAACUUUGCAGAUGACAUUUCUCAGAAUCUGCCACUUGAAGAUAUUGGGUAUGUGAGGGGGUUUCAUGCAAUACUUGAUCAUCUAAUUAGCCUUGCCCAGUCUGUGUGGUGUGCAUUUCUGUGUGGAUAGAUGUGUCGAGGUUGCUCUGUGUGUGUGGUUUGUGUGUAAAAGUAGGUCUGUCAGUGCAAGUCAUCAUCAUCAGUUGCUGGUAUGUGUGCACAAGUGUUUUGUUUGCAGUUGUAAAUAACUAUUGAGAUCUAAUGUUUGGUUGUUGAUUCGUUGUUAAUGUGCGUGCAGGAGAAAUAUCAUAAAUGCUUCCAUAGAAUUGUGGUUUUUUUUUUCUGCUUGAACCAGAUUGCCGUCUUGAAUUUUUGAACUAUUAUUAUUAUGAUGACAUGUGUUUUGUGUAUAAUACUGGUUGUCAAAAUAGCAUGAUGUGCAUGUUAAAGAGAAAUGUGUUUUUUUCUAAGAAUAUUGAUUAUUACUGUUGAAGCUGUUGCAUUUAUUGAAUUUUCCGUUCCACAUGUUUUUUUUUAUAAUGCUUUUGUGCAUUUUUUUGACUUUCUUAUAUAUCUAGAUAAAGUGUAAUGCACAUUUGGAAGGGAAUCAAACCCGUGUCACCUAUGUAUAGAGUUCAAAGAUUAAUUUUAAAGGACUAACUCACCAGUAACCCAUCAUUACUUAGGUCUAGAUGGAUUGUUUAGAACAAGGGGAAGGGAAUUAACUCAUCACUUGGCACAUCUAUCUUGACAAUGUACAAAGAACGGAGGGAAGUUGUUGCAUUAAAAACAUUUUUUUUAAUGUGUAAACAGUCCUUGCUGUAUGUAAUAAAGUAGCUGCAGUUUUGAAGCACGUACUAAUUUAAAUCUGGUGUCAUUGCUGAAAAUUGAUGAGUGCGAACAAACUGGUAUUAUUUUAUUGCUUAGGUCUUAUGGGAGUUAACAAUGCGUUUAAAAAGAAAUUAACACAUGGUCGCUCGUGCUGAUGGAGGGCAGCAAAGAACAGUUGUAAGGGAACCAGCUUAUCAUUUACCCAUUAUCUCUCAUGAAGUUCUUAUUUAAAUCUGGUGUGAUUGAUGAACAUUGAUAAGUGCAGAAAGAGUAAUGGAAUUGUAUGACAAAGCAAAGUCAUGCUUCCACCGCUCGGGUCUGUACACACAUUAUCAUCAAGUUCAAAGAGCAGCUGGAGGGGAUCUAACCUAAUCCAUCAUCACUGAAGUCUACAUACUAGUACAAAGAAAAAUUGGAUGGGAAUAAGACCGUCAUCAGUUCAACCCAUAGAGAUUAUAAAGAGUACUAGAGCUCAUGGCAGUGAAGUCACAUGUGUCAGACGUGGGGCAGUGGGCAUCUUGCUCUCGGCGGCAUGACAGAUUGGAACAAUCUGAGCCUUCACCCAGCUCCCCAUGAGCUCUAGUAUAUUUAACUCUGGAGUGCCCCCGUCAUUUCAGUGCAAGCUUGUAGAUUUCCUCUCAAGACUGCCGAGACCAUCUGGAGGUCUCCUUGUGUGUCUCGAAAAGUACUCGCCCGUCUAUUGUUCUUACCCUCAAUGCUCAGCAUCUCAGUGUUAGUUUUUGUGGGUGAUGUCACUGCCACAAGCUCUAGUACUGUUUAAUCUCUUUGCCUCAGCCUAGGGAGACUUCAAUCAAAGAACAAUUUUAGGGAGACUACCUCAUCAUUACCCCAUCCUCACUCUGGUAUAGAUAAAGUGUAGAGAACAAAUUGGAAGAGAAAUGAUGUGAAAUUCUUUGUAGGCCUACUUGUACAGAUGAUUUUUUUUGUGUGGGGGGGGGGGGCAGUCGUAUUUACUGUUUAAACAAUGCUAACUGCUCGUAGACUACAACAGUUUUUAGUGUAUGUUCCGAUCAAAUGUUUCACCAAGCUCAUCAUUGCAGCUACCAGAAUUCACUUUGGGAUUACGUUAACCCUUUCCUGUGCACAUUCUAGGCCUACAGUGGCCGCCUAUUUGUCCUUCUGUUUGCCUUUCAGUGGGUGUGUUCACACUUCUGGGGCUUUGAUGGAAGUAAAAGUAAAUUGUCAGGGUGUGUGGAAUUAGGCACUCGUCCGUUUUUGGACCAAUGUAGUUAUUGGUAUAAUCAUAAAAGUCUUUUCAUUUUCCUGACUUUUGAGGAAAGAAAUACUCGUCUAUCUUGAACAGAAGUUGAGAAAUUUGUGAUUGAAUGAGAUGGGGGUCACCUGAAGUCACGAGUCUAGGUAAAAUAAGUGAGAAAAUGGAGGACAACGUUUGGUAACUUCCAAAGCUGUAGUGUGCUUAGACUUAGACAUUGCAAAUUAAAUCUUUUGUGCCUUUAAUUAAGGUUUUUAAAUGGAAAUAAAAGGCGUUGAGCCCAAAAUAAGAAAUAUCUUUUAAUUGCUCAAUGGGCGGAAAAAAAUUUGGGUUUCCUUCGAUUUCAUUAUUUUGACAAGCGACUGAUAUCACCAUGGUGCCUGACUGUUGUGACCUCACUGGAGCUGAACUACAAGACUGCAGAACAAUGUCAGCGGUCUGGUUUUUAUUAUAGCCAAGCUUGCCGUUUUUGAAACCAUGUUUAAGACGGAGAGUAAAAAAAUAACAAAAUAACAGGCAUUGCUGGCGGGUUUCUGCUUGAUUGAGCGCCAACCCUGGGUUUUUUUUUUGUUUUUUUUUUUAUCCUACAGCUAGUUUUGUCUAUUUUUAACAGGAAAGGGUUGAGUGGAUUCCAACGUUGUUGUCUUGCCAAAAAAAAAGCCCAAAACGCUUUUGUCUGAUACAGUUUUAUUGUUUCACUUUCACAUAAAUAUCUGCUAACAUAGUUUAGUGGCAGUACCGUUUCUUAUGAUGUUUGCAAUGCUCAACGAUACCAUCUCACUGACAUCUGUGGUCGAGUGGUUACACCACAAUCUUUGCCCUCGCUCACAGGAGACAUGGAGAUCGAUUCCCUUGUAGUUGUAAAGAAGCUUUUUCUUUUUAUUGAUUGUCCCCAUCUAUCUGGUAGGAUCUUGUGUUCCUCUCAGCUGGGGCUGGUUGUGACAGACAGGGUUGAAGCAGUCUUAUACAAGACCGAAUUUCCUUAUGCAGUUGCGAGCACCGGAAAACCUCUACUAAAAAAAACUAAAACUAAAGGUCAAAAUUGUGUUGAUGAGGGUGCACAGCACCUUCAUUCAAUCAAUCAAUCAAUUAGGAAUCAUCUAUGGUGUCACAAAUCAUGAGUGAAAAAUCUUGGUACUUUCAUGAGUGCCCAAAUCCCUUCAGUCAAACAUAUUUAUUUUUUGGUCCCUCCGCUGUUAUAUUUGUUAUUCAACACCGACUUUUGACAUGUGAUUCCUAUUACAUCUUGCAUAAUAAGAGCAGGUCGGUUGUUUUUCCGGAAAAUGUACCAGUAAGAGUUCCUGUACAUGUAUUGACUAAGAGUGGUUCUAUCUUGGCUGUUGGUUAAUAUUGAGCUUAUCUCUACAAUAGCAAAGGGCUGUUACGUCUGAGUCAAUUAAAGAUGUAACAUUCUGCGAAGAUAUUUCGGAAAUUUGAUUCCUCUUGUUCCUAUUUUCUCGAUUUCUGAAAACUGCUCACUCAAAGUGAAGCUAGAUCACUCGUAUUGUUCUCAGGUGCACAAAUAGCAGCACAAGAAUUGCAAGUUGUAUGUAUAUAUUGAAGAAAGAUUUUUCAAAGAAAAAAAAAUGUCACCUUAUGCCAAUAUAGAGUUAUGCCUGUGCUUACUGGCCGUGUGUUAAACUGAAGGUUCAUUAGGCAGAAAGAACAAAAUGUUACUCAGUGUAUUUGGGGGGGGAAUAGAAGGGCUUUUUUUUUUUUGGAAGUCCUGUGAAUAAACUGUUGAAGCCGCAAGAGUCCUAAAGUAGGACCAAAAAGGUGGCCUCAUCACAUGAAAUUUAUCUUGGACAUUUUGGGGCAAAGACCUUUCUUCAACGCACGUGCACACUCGCACUCACUCUUUUGGCAGAUUCUCUGUCUUGUCACUGUUGGGACCAGGGUACUGGUGUCUGUGAUGUAACUGUUGGGUUCUUAGUCUUAGUCUUAGUCUUAGUCUCCACACUCAAGAAAUAACGUGAGGUUGAUUCCUAUGUGAGGAAGAAUUUUUAAAACCAAUUGUAUUGUGUCCAAUUUCCAGGACAUCAUGUCACUUUCCGUGAGGAUCAAGGUGAGACUCAUUCAGUAGUAGUAUGUAAUGUCUUUAGACCAUCAAAAAUAAUCAAGGAGGGAGGAGGGUCAGUGCUACACAUAUUCUUAUUAAACAGGCAGCUUGUCUAUGGUUUGUACUAAUCAGUAAGUGCUUCGGUCUUCAUGAAACUGUAUAUUUGUUGUUAUGGAAACAGUUGCCAUAUUGAAUUUUUUUCUCUCUCAAAAUGUAUCAUUUUUGUUGAAAAAAUCUCAAUAAAUUUUUGUCUCAAUUUUGAAAAUUUUUGGGUGUGUGUUUUACAAAAUAAGAUAAAGAAGAAAAUGUAAUAAAAUGAAUGAUGUUAUGAAUACAUCUAAACUCAAAAGCUGCGCAAUGCUUUGCUUCUUCUCCUCCUUCAUCUGUGUUUCACAGAUAUCCUAAUUGUAAUGGAUUGAAGAUUGUGAAAUUGAAUGAUGGAUGUAUUUUUUAAUUCUUUUUUGGCUGCUUUCCCUUUGGAAGGAUAAUAAAAUCAAACGAGAGUCUUUACCAGAAUACCAGUUCCCAAUACCAUAUUGUGCAAAAUAUUGUACGUAGUUCCUGUUGACCUUUUUUUUCUUUCGUAUUGGCUUUGAUUUUAAUUUUCUGUGUGAAACUGAAUUAAAGCUUUGAAUUGAACUAGA